AUGCUUUUGUUAUUUACUCUUCUUCAACAGCAGCAGCAGCAGCAGCAGCAACAGCAGCAGCAGCAGCAACAGCAGCAGCAGGCGCAGCAACAGCAGCAACAGCAGAAGGCGCAGCAACAGCUACUGCAAUACAUGCAGCAGCAGCAACAACAACAGCGUCGACAAUCAAUGCAGCAGCAGCAGCAGCAGCAACAGCAGCAGCAGCAACAGCAGCAGCAACUACUGCAGUCAACGCAGCAGCAGCAGCAGCAACAGCAAGAAGAACGGCAGCAGCAGCGGAGGCAGCAAGUGCAGCAGCAGCAAUUGUUUCUGCAUUUUAUAGGGGGUGCUGCAGCUCAGCAAAUGAAGUCAGCUGAGCAGCAGCAGCAGCAGCAGCAGCAGCAGCAGCAGCAGCAACACCAGCAGCAGCAACAGCAGCAGCAGCAGCAGCAGCAGCAACAGCAACAGCAGCAGCAGCAGCAGCAGCAGCAGCCUCUGUAUUGUUUGAGUUUGUUUUGUAUUCGAUUUUAA